AUGAAUCUCCCGUGCAAGCCAGCAGACGUUUUUGACUUGGAAGGAAUCGUGAAGACCUGGGCGACACAGAUGUAUGAUUACACCAAGUCCAGAGAACAAAAUCGCAUUCCGCGUGAAGCGCUCAUGUUCAAUAUCAAUUGGAAGGGAGUCAAGUUCAUCCACAAAGAAAUUGAAUUCCCAGAACCACCAAAAAAACCCGUCGUACCCAAAACCCAAUGCCUGUUUCGGACAAAAUUUUUCAAUCAAACAAAUCAGGACCAAGAAUAUACAUUCAGGACGGAAAGGACAACCUCUUCGACAUGUGAGGUAAGUUUCGAUCGAUGUUUAACAAUAGGAGCCGAACUGACUCUCAGUUUGAAGACACCCAUGGAGAUUUUUGAAGCAAAUGCCGGUUUCAAGAGAGAAUUAGCAGUUACUAACGCCCAAGGACAAUGCAUCGAGCAGUGCCUAACCUGGGGUGUUGACAGUUUAAUAAAAGUUCCAGCCAUGCACCAGGCCACUGCAGAACUCGUCGUCUAUGAAGAUGAGCUCUGCGGAGAUUUCAAUCUGGCCACUGAUUUCUCUGGAAAAGUCGUCGUGACUGUAACGAACCUGAGAGACAACAAUUCCUUCGUUAAGAUGAUAGAGGGUGACAUCUCGGAGAUCAUAAAGGCAAGUUCGUGCGCGGCCCAAGUGAUCGCCAAGAGCAACAGAGUAGUAACCUUCGUCACGAAAGGACACUGCCAGUUUCAUUAUGGCAUAGAACAGCAUGUCACUGUACGGCAAGAGCCGAUUGUAAGCGUCGAGUGAGCUGGUACAACAGCCAGCAAAGAACUUUUUAAAAAUAUUUUAUGUUGAAAAAAUGUAACUUAUUUAUCGUAUCUAAUCGUGUCCAAUUUAUAAUUAUUCUCCAUUUUUUUAAUGUUUUUGAAAUUUCAAAAAGUUGAUACAGCCAGUAGUCGUUUCAUUUCUCGCAUUUUAUUUUAUAAUUUUUAUUAAAUGUACCUACAUUUUAUUUAGAACAUUAUUAUUUUCAGUUAAUAAUUUCAAACCCCGCACCAUCAUUAUAUUUUUAGCUAAAUUAUUCAGAACGAUCUUCUUAUAUUAAAUAAAGAUAAAAAUUUUCUCAGA